CAAGUUUCAAUUUUUAAACCUUAUUGACCCUUUUUUCACUUACCUUUUUUACUUCUUGUUUCUAGAUAUAUCAAAAAAGUCCAACAAAAGAGUAAUUGUGAAGAGAAACCAAGGGGAAAAAAAGCAAUAGAAAAGAGCAAGCAAGCUUCAAAUCCCAGAUCUCUCUUUGUUUUCUCUUUGAAACCCAAAUUUUCCCAUACAAGAAAAGAUUCUGAGAAAAUGGUGCCCAAAUCAUUGAUCUAUGCAUUUGUAUCUCGUGGAGGAGUUAUAUUAGCUGAGUAUACUGAAUACAGUGGGAAUUUCAAUUCCAUAGCUCUUCAAUGCCUCCAAAAGCUUCCUUCUUCAAACAACAAGUUCACUUACAACUGUGAUGGCCAUACCUUCAAUUAUCUUGUUGACAAUGGAUACACUUAUUGCGUUGUUGCAGAUGAGUCAGCUGGAAGGCAAGUGCCGAUUGCUUUUUUGGAGCGUAUCAAGGAUGAUUUCGUGUCGAAAUAUGAUAACGGGAAGGCUGCUACAGCUCCUGCCAACAGCCUGAACAAGGAAUUUGGGCCAAAACUGAAAGAACAUAUGCAAUACUGUAUGGAGCAUCCUGAAGAAAUAAGCAAGCUGGCUAAGGUCAAAGCUCAGGUUUCUGAAGUUAAAGGUGUUAUGAUGGAGAACAUCGAAAAGGUGUUAGAUAGAGGGGAAAAGAUAGAGCUGCUAGUGGAUAAGACUGAGAAUCUUCAUAAUCAGGCUCAAGACUUUCGAAGUACAGGGACAAAAAUCCGAAGAAAAAUGUGGCUACAAAACAUGAAGAUCAAGCUGAUUGUUCUAGGAAUACUUAUUGCCUUGAUCCUUAUCAUUGUCCUCUCUGUUUGCCAUGGUUUCAACUGUGGCAAAAAAUAAAUGCUAUUCUUAGAAGGCUUUAUUAGCUUUCACCACAGCUUUUGUGAUAUAAUAUUGUGAGGGAAAGUUUAAAAUACAUGCAUAUAUAUUAUAUAUACUUUAUAUGUCAUAAAAGACUUAACAUUUAGCAAUCACCAGGUGACUGGUGCAAGUUAUUUUUUUUUGUGAACAAAACCCUAUAAUUUUUUAUUUGGUUAAAUGAAUAUGCUGCUUGCAACCA